AUGAAGGGCCCCACUCUAGCUCUGUUCCUCUUCUCCAUCCUGUUGACUGCUGUGCAGGUGCGAAGCGGGGAGACUGUGAAGCUCUGCGGCCUCGACUACGUGAGAACUGUCGUCUACAUCUGUGCCAGCUCUCGGUGGAGGAGGCACCUGGAGGAGGUACCCCAAACUGAGCAAGCUGAGCUAAGAAGCCACUUCCAGCUCCCAGACAGACAGGAGACAUCCAAGGAAACUCUUGAGCACAACCUUCCCAAGAUGGAUUUCUCAGGCCAGGAGCUUGUUCAAGAUCCACAGGCGCCCGUGGAAAGGCUUUGGCAGUUGAAGAAGUACUCGGUGAUGUCCAAACGAGAUCUGCAAGCUCUAUGCUGCACGGAAGGCUGCUCCAUGACCGAGCUCAGUACACUUUGUUAGGAAAUGCCCAUACCCACGGACGAGCUUCAGCAUGUAUCUAGUUGGCAUCCUACCACUGAGUCCCAGUUUCUAUCAAUACAGCCAUGGUUUAGGGGGUAGAUAAUCCUUUUCUAAAAGGUCUGUCUAUUAUGGCUUAAAGCCAAGAGAUAUCUCUCUUCUCCCUUUGCCAAAGUCAAUCCACUCUUCUUUCUGAGUUCUAAUUUCUGCUUUGAA